AUGCCUUACACGGCAACUGGACUAUUCAACCAUGCCACAGCGGCGACCCCGGUCGACAUAUUUCAGAACGCAAGAGAGUUCAUCAAAGACAAGCUCUACUUCACAUCCGUUUCCUAUCCGCCUCCGCAAUAUGUGAACGUGCACUUUUUCACCAUCGACAGCACGCUGGUCUACAUCAGCUUCUACUCGGAUUUCGGGCCGUCCAAUAUGGGACAUAUUCUCCGAUUCUGUGAGAUACUGAACGAGAAGUUGGUGAGUCCCAUCAAUGCCAACAAAAAAAUAUGCUUGCUCAGCUCAAUGGAGAAUGACAAACGCGCCAAUGCAGCGUUCCUGAUGUGUGCUUACCAGAUGAUUGCAUUCAAGAAAACCCCAGAGGAAGCCUUCCAGCCGCUUAUUGGCAUAUCGCCUCCAUUCACACCCUAUCGUGAUGCAGGCUAUGGGCCAGCAACAUACUACAUCACCAUUCUCGAUUGCUUGCGGGGUCUUUACAAGGGUCUCACUACAGGGCUACUGAAUCUCGAUACUUUUGACUGUGACGAGUACAAGUUUUACGAGCGAGUCGAAAACGGCGAUCUCAACUGGAUCACAGACAAAUUUGUAGCCUUUGCUUCUCCUCACGAUGAGCCGGCAUCGGCCGGUUUUCCUCCAAACCUAACCGGAAACGGCUUCUUUGGCAUGUCUGCUACGGUGGCAUGGGAAAAGAACGAAACCAAGGAAGGCCGCACACCAGGCCAGCCAUUCUAUUCCGCCUACAAAAUUGACGAUUUGGUGCGCUAUUUUCAAGAAAAGCAAGUUCGAACUGUCGUCCGCUUGAACAACAAGAUCUAUGACCGACAAAAAUUUGUCGACAGCGGCAUCGAGCACAUUGAGCUCUACUUCCCUGACGGAACCACGCCUCCGGAUGGAAUCCUUAAACGCUUCUUGGAUUUGUGCGAGAAUCGCCAAGGCAAGAUAGGCAUUCACUGCAAGGCCGGUCUUGGGCGUACUGGAACCCUGAUUGCCGCAUAUCUCAUGAAGCACUACAAGUUCACUGCUGCGGAGGUCAUCUCCUACCUCCGUAUUCUUCGCCCUGGAAGUGUCGUGGGCCCGCAGCAAAACUAUCUGCAGAGCAUGCAGUCCAAGCUCUGGAAAAUGCACCCCUCGAGCAAGCUUCAUCCACUGAUCUCGCUUCUUAAGCCAGCGACAUUUUUCACCACGACGCGCUUCUCUCCGCCAAACCAGAUUGUAGCCCUGCUUAGGGUUGUCGAUGCCUCCGCUGAACCUGAGGAUGAAGUUGAUGAGGACUCCAACGUUGCCGGAAUUGACACUAUGGAACUAUCCGAUGCCCCUGAGCAUCAUGGCCAAAAGCCACAGUUUAUCCAAAACGAUUCAAGUCUUCACCGAGCAGCCAAACCCGGCGAGGUCAUGUCGAUUCCGGUGCAGCCACGAAAGCAUAUAUCCACGACACCGUCCGCAGGUGAAAGCCGUCCUGGGCGCGCCACCAGUGCCCACCCUUCUUUGGUAAGGUCGAGCGGGGAUACUGCUUGUCCCAUAGUUGCAGAUCUACAGUGUCCUUAG